AUGAUGUCUGCCACCUCUUCUCAACUCUCCGUCUCGUGCGUGAAGAAGCGGGUGAGGGUGUACCGCCACGAACCCUAUGCGGCGAGCCUCAUCACUCCUGCUUCCCCUGCGGAGGCGGCUCUGGUGUGCUGCCACCAGCGUAGCCUGAAAUCGCCUGCUAGCUCUUACGCCACGUCGUCGCCUGCUCGCUCGCUCCUGGAGGCAGCCUUACCCAGCGUACCGACUGCGGCCUACCCGUCUCACCACGCCGCUACCAGCUCAGCCCCGCCAAUGCCGAUGGCGCACCCCGCGCACACGGCCGUGUGGGUCGCCUUCAAAUACGGCCGUAAGCCCUUCGUGACCGCCUUCCAGGUGUGCAUUGGUGAGAUGGUCAUCGUGGAGGGUGACCGCGGCAUCGACCUUGGCAUUGUCGACGACGCGUGCACGACGCCUCUUCCCGAGAAAUUGCUGCUUAUUCUCCGUCGCGCCACGGCUGAGGACACGACACAGCAUAACAGACGCACCGUGAAAGAGCAGGAGGCGCUGCAGACGAUGCGCUCGUUGGCGACGCAGGUGCACUGCCCCACCCACGUGGAGGACGCCAUGUUUCAGCUGGACAGCAAGAAGAUCACGGUCAUCAUCUCACGCACCUCGCGCUCCUUUGUGGACUUCCGUCGUCUGCAGCGUGCCCUCUUCGACGUGUACCGCUGCCGAAUCUGGUUUGCCUACCUCGACGAAAUCCAGGAGACGAUGAGCACCGACGUCACCCGGCCUCUGCGCCGCGGACAGCGUCGCUGCGCGUCAUCGAACGAAGCGGGGUACAAAAAGAUACUUUCGACGACGUCGUGCACAGCGGCAGCGUAA